AUGGAAUGUGGAUAUGGCCCCCAUUCUUAUAUCCCAUUGGUGGUGGUUGAACUGGGAAAAUUUGAAAGGAAGAAGUUAAAAACUUUUCAAGAUGAGCAUAAAACUUUGGAAGAAGAAUUUAAGCAUCUUGAUCCAUUCAUUAAGAAAGAAGCACUGAGCAUGGAUAAGAAGAACACAUGGGAAGUCAAGAGCUACCCCAUCAUACUCUGGUGGUCCCCCCUGACUGGGGAGACUGGAAGGCUUGGCCAGUGUGGGGCAGAUAACUGUUUCUUCACCAUCAACCGCACCUACCAGCAUCAUCCCAUGACCAAAGCUUUCCUCUUCUAUGGUACUGACUUUAACAUAGAUAGCUUACCUCUGCCUCGGGAAGCUUACCAUGAUUGGGCUCUCUUCCAUGAAGAAUCCCCCAAAAACAACUAUAAACUCUUCCAUAAGCCAGUCAUUACCUUGUUCAACUACACAGCUACAUUCAGCAGGCAUUCCCAUUUGCCACUCACUACCCAGUACUUGGAGGGUGUAGAAGUCCUGAAGUCACUACAAUAUCUAGUUCCUUUGCAGUCUAAAAACAACCUAAGGAAAAGACUUGCUCCCCUGGUUUAUGUACAGUCAGACUGUGACCCACCGUCAGAUAGAGACAGCUAUGUUCGAGAGCUGAUGACUUACAUCCAGGUGGAUUCCUAUGGUGAGUGUUUACAAAACAAAGAACUCCCACAGCAGCUGAAAAAUCCAGCCUCUCUGGAUGCUGAAAGCUUCUAUAAGAUCAUUGCCCAGUACAAGUUUAUCCUUGCUUUUGAGAAUGCAGUUUGUGAUGACUACAUCACUGAGAAGUUCUGGAGGCCACUGAAGCUGGGGGUGGUCCCUGUGUAUUACGGUUCUCCCAGCAUCACAGACUGGCUUCCCAGUAACAGAAGUGCUAUUCUUGUAUCUGAAUUCGCUCACCCCAGAGAACUAGCAAGUUACAUCAGAAGACUGGAUUAUGAUGACAGAUUGUACGAGGCCUACGUAGAAUGGAAGCUGAAGGGUGAAAUCUCCAAUGAGCGACUUCUGGCAGCUCUCAGGGACAGGAAAUGGGGAGUACAAGACAUCAACCAGGACAAUUACAUCGAUGCAUUUGAGUGUAUGGUGUGCAGCAAUGUAUGGGAUAACAUUAGGCUGCAAGAAAAGGGCUUACCACCCAAACAAUGGAAGGCGGAAGUUACGCACCUGAGUUGCCCAGAACCCACCAUGUUUGCUUUCUCGUCUCCGGCGCCUCUGCCUCUAGGUGGCCACUCUUUGCGAGAGAUGUGGAUACCAAGUUUCCAGCAAUCUAAGAAGGAAGCCCAGGCACUAAGGUGGCUGGUGGAUAGGAAUCAAAAUUUCUCAUCUCAAGAGUUUUGGACGCUAGUAUUCAAGAAUUAAUUUUUAGAAACAUCAGAUUGAUACAGCCUAGAGUCAUCUUGAAGUUUAUUUUCUAGUUUGCCUUAAUAUGUAAUGGCCAUUCUUUUGAUUAUCUGUUCAGAUAAUAAUAAAUCGUUGUGAGCCUUAUCAAUUAAUAGCUAUAAAGUAUCAUCAGAGGUUACCUCUAUUUUUUAUGCUAAAAAUAAAUA